AAACAAACCACAAUUUAAAGAGUGUUUAUCCGGAAAUUGUGUUCAUCUAACCAAAUGGGAAAUCGAAGUCCUGAACUGUUGAACACUUAGUCUGUUAUAGAUCAUUGAAGACUAGGCUAAAGAAUGACCGCAGUUUGGACGGCUACAAGCCUACGUCGGCAAGAUAGCCGUUAUAACAGUCUAUCACGUAGUCUUGGCUCAUUAAUGUCAGUUGUCUUAGAUGAAGAAAAAUCUCCAUCAGUAUUGAUCUUCUCAAAUCAAUCAUCAAGAAUAUCUUCAGAGGAUAAUUUACGUGCAAGUUCAUCAGUUGGUGAUCGUGUCGGUGGUGCUGGUGCUCGUGGGGAUGAUGGAAAUAUUCCAUUUAAAGAACCAAAUUUCUCUUCUUUACAAACUGACUCAUCUUCAUCGAUUGCAUUUAUUGGUAAAAAGAUUAAACGUGAAUACCAGUCAGCAUUUGUACUGCCUGAUAGACAAACAAUAGGUGUUGUACGUCAAGAAGCGUUUAUGACUGAAGAAGGACUGGCUGAGGUUACACUGAGUCUUUGCGUCGGAAAUAAUCCGGAGAAUUUAAGAGUUGGAAACAGUGAGAGAAUAUGCGACUACCUUGAUUCUGAUUAUUGGGCUUCCAUUCUACUGGCUUCCACAGAAUCACAUGAUGCUGAACUCCUUGGUUAUAUGGGACCUGAAUACACUUGUAGAAGACCAAAUCGUUUUAACUUUGAACGAUCUGAAAGUCGUCGACGGAAACGAGAAAUUGUACUUGUUCAAGAAGAAUUUGAACCACAUAAUAAACCCACUGGUGAACACUUUUCAGGUGUCAAUAUUUUACCAGAAACUAUUAGAGUUUUUGAGAAGAUAAAAGACAAGGAAGAGGAUGAAUUCACCCCCCAGAAAAUGCCAUCAACACCGCCUUCUUCAUCACGACCUCAAACACCUAAAUCACCAAAAUCCACAUCCCCAAGAGCAUCCAUUCAACCAGGUGAACCUCCUUCACCUAAACCUCAAAAAAUCCCUAGUAAAAUAACCAAUCAGUCGAAAGAUCAAGCCCCUAUCAUUGGACGAGCAGAACCGCCAGGAAAAACUAAGGCGAUUAUUAGUAGUCCAAAGUCGAAGGAGAAUUUUGAAGAACUUAAACGUCAAUGGAAUAAUCGAAUUGCUAAAAUGCAAGAACGUAUGGAUAAUCAAUAUAAAGAUGCACCGACAACUCCUUCACAAACUUAUACUGAAGGACAUCGUGGCACUGUGAUUACAUCUAUCCUUCCGACUGUGGACAAUAGAAAAUCAAAUGAUUCGAUAGCGAAAAGUCGGACUCCGCCUUCAGAACAUCGAAGAACACCGAGUGAUCAAUCGUACGAACUGCCACAACAGCAACCACAAAAACAACAAUCUUUACCAGAGAGAAUGUCAUCAGCUUAUCAUAGAGCAAAUAAAGAGAAUCUGUUGUUCAAUCAUUUUGAUCCAACUUCACCAGGAUCUGGAUUUUCUGAUCCAGUAACUGAAAGAUGUGAAAAAGAUGCACAAUUUGUUUAUAAUGAAGAAAGACUGUAUGUGAAUCAACAGAAUAUAGGAAGACUCAGUCCAAGGACUCCAUCAGAAAUUCAUCCAAUCUCUAAUAUGACAAAAUUUAGAAGUCGAAGUUUAGAACAUUAUUAUGUUGAAGAAUAUAUCACCAACAGAAGAGCAUCAGAUGAAAACAUUACCAAAGAAUUGAACAAUUUUCAAACAUCAAUGUCAUUGCUAAUCGAUAAAGAUGAUAGCGAAGAGUCUUCGAAACAAACCUACAUAUAUCAAUCGACUUUAUCUCGUCUACCGGUGACAAUAAAGAAUCUUGACUCCUGUCAUGAUAGCACUAUUAGUAAUAAUAUUAAUCAUAUUAGUGAGACGAGAAAGAACUCCGAAAGAUACACCAAACACGAAUUAUUUGUCUGUCGUAAACCUACCUAUUACUUUAAUAUACCACCAGCUCAAAAAUCACAAACUUUUCCAAAGCAUACUUCGCGUACUGAAGUAAAACUUCAUCCACACUCUCCGUCAACACCAUCCACAACAACUAGAAGGACCCCACUGGGAUAUUAUGAUAAAUUUGAAAUGAUUAUUCGUGUGAAUGAUUCACACAGUACAUCGGACAGAGAAGAUGACAUCAGGUAUGAUACAAAUACUACCCCUACUAAUUAUCCUGUCAACAGACGAAAGACACCAAGACAGCGGAUGUAUACCUCACUACCGCGUACCAGACAUGCCCUGCUUUAUUAUCCUCAACCAGGUUCACCAGGAUUAAUGUUAGAUUCACCAGUGUCAGAUAAAAGUCAAACGAAUUAUCAUCCAUCAGCCUCGAUAAAACAUGGUAGCACUGAUCCCCCGCAUUAUAGAAAGGCAAGAUAUCCAAAUUCAUACUUUAGAAAAGACGAUCAACCGUCAAUUGAUCGAAAAGAGAAAUUUUUAAGAAAAUAUGAGAAGACUAAAGCUUCCUCAGAGAUAAAUUAUACUAUACAUAAUCGCAAUAAUAAUAAUAAAAUUCUAUCGGAUAUCAAUCAGAGUUUAUCAAAUGACUACUAUCAAUAUUAUCAGUCAUCGACUGAUAUCAGCUCUGUUUUAAGUCGUGAAGGCGAUGUCGGUGGUGGAGAUAGUUUGAAGAUUUACUUAAAUCGAUAUGUUGAACGUUCAGAGAAACACUGGAGUCUACCAAGAAGCCAUCAUCUUUUGCUGAACGAUGAUUCAGCGCCUCGUGGAGAUAGAAUAAGUGAACAGUCUGAAUUUAGUGAUAAUCUGUCUAAAGAUGUUGGGUCUAAUGAUGAAAAAGCAGAGGAAGAGAAGGAGCAGGAGAAGAAGGAUUUAAAAUUACCACGAAAAGUUGCAGAAGAUUCAAGGAAAUCUUUAAAAUCCCCGUCAGCGGAUAGUUUAAGCUUUUACUUUUUAGAACCAUAUAAACGUUACACUGACAAUCGGAAACAAGACGACUAUUCUACUAAAGAGGUUAAAAAAAUCUCCCAAAAAGAUGAGGAGGAGGAAGAAGAGAAGAAAGACAACAAAGAAAAGGCUAACAUUGAUGAUAUUUUAAAUCAAGCCUACCAAGAUGAAAUGAACCGGAUGAAAAAACGACAACAUUCCAUCAAGAAAGACAAUUAUGGCAGUACAUCAAGUUUAGGUGUGUUAGUCAAGAAGUAUGAAGAUCAAGUGAAGAUCAAUACUUUUAAAGACACUGAAAGAAAAUCGAAUUCAAUGAAAAAUCGUAAAAGUCAACCAGAUGAUAAAGAAGCUAACCAGCCUAGACCCGUUGAACCUAUGAAACCAACAGACGAAGCAAGUAAACCUCGUGAUGACACAAGUAGAAUUAAACAUAAAGAUCCACCUUCGUAUCGUUAUCUACCUGAUAUAACCUCUGGAGGGAAUAAACAACAGCCUGAGACACCAAAAACCACUACCACAGAUUUACCGAAAAAACAUUCGAGAACUGCAGAUGAUAAAGGCAAACAUCAAGCGUCAAUUGAUUCACCAGAGCCUUUUAACAAGCCGACACCAGUUCCGCAUACUCCAAAAGUCUUAGAAAAACCUGAUCGGAUGAGUAAAUCAUUGGAUAAGAAAUCGAAGCCUUCAGAUCAAAGCAACACGAAUGAAGGCGACACAAACGCCAGUAAUAAUAAUAAUACUAAGCCUAGAGUGGAUCGAUUCAUUGGCGAGAAGGCAAAAUCACAAGAACCAGAAUCUAAACAUCAACAUCGAUAUCCGCCACCACCUCCACAACAUCAUCGAACUUCUACAAAACAUGAUGAUGAUGAUGGUAACGAAUCGAAGCAUUUAGAUAAGCGUGUCAAUGAUGGUCCCACUCCAUUUUCUAAAUUCAAGAAAGAUAUGACCUUAUCUGAUCGACCAAAACCCGACAGUCGUCCUGCACCCCAUGAAGAGACGAAAACAUUUUCAAGAGAUUCAAAAUUUAGGAAACCAAUACAUACCGUGACUGAAGGUCAAACUGGUGGAAACCUACCACCAACAGAGAAACGUAAGUCGCUGCCUGGAAUUAAGGAAACUGACGAUAGACAACGCAAGAGUUCAAAAGAGAAAUCACAAUUUGGUGAUAUAAAAGGCUUAAACAGUUUACAAGAUCGUGACAUGAUGUUAAAGGAUAAACAGAGUAAAGAAAGAAAUCGUGUCCCUGAACCAGCCAGAAGUAGCAAAAGUCCUCACCAACACCAUCGUCACCAUUCUCUACGCGUGAAACAGUAUAAACCGUAUCCAGGAUUCACUCCAAAAGAUGAUCGUAUUUCAUCUUGGAUAGAAAAUAGUAAACAACAGACAAGACGAUUAUUAUUAGCAGAAGAAGAAGGUGGUGGUAGUGGUGCUGGCGAAAUUGAUCCAUCUCCUGAACUUGAACGACACAGACCAAGUUUAACAAGACAUCAAUCUUUAAACGAAGAAAGACGAUAUUCAGCGGACGACAAACAAUUCUCUGGUAGUGGAACAGUCAAGGGGAAUGAGGCGAAGAACAGAUCUAAACACGCUGAUCAAGAUCAAUCACCAGAAAAGAGGGAGAAGAAAGAAAUCAUGACGCCGAAACCAGAUCGAAAUACUGACGUGCCUAAAGAUCCAAUCAGUCUCCAAGCUAUUGAUCAACCGAAAAGGCGUGAAAGUGAUAAAGGCGAUCGUCAUAGACCACCUUCUAACAAACCAGAUCAAGAUCAGAACAGUAGGCAAGAGACUAAACAGCCAGUUGAUCGGAAAAUAUCCGACAACAAACAACCAACUGAUACGUUGAAUAAACCACAUACAGACCAACCGACUACUGAUCUCCGUAAUGAGUCAAAACCCUCUCCGCCUAGUAAACGAAGACACCAGUCAAGAGAAGAUUUUAAACAGCCAAAAUUAUCAUCUACAAAGCCUCAGUCAGAUUUAAAAGACGAAGAUCACCUACAUUGUGGUAAAGAUGUCAAGCACAGAGAUAAACCUACACCGCAUAGAUCUAAAGAACCCAGUAGACAGAAUCUGAUCAAUCGGAGAAGAGACAAUACACAUUCACCAUCAGCUGAUCGUGAAGAACACCGUUUAACUCCACCUGAUAGAGAAAUCAAAGUCGUUGAUGAUCAUCGACCAGGUCAUAAACGUCAUCCACCGCCUCCACUCUCUCCAACAUCUAAACGUGAUAUUCAUUAUCCACGUGAUGCAACUUACAAUCAACCAAAAACUCCGCAUGAUUCUUCACAAACUGUUCCUACAAAACACUUUUCAAAGUAUCCUGGUGAUGGAGACAUUUAUGAUCCAGAAGGUAGGAGAAGGCGGACAAGACCAGAACAGAAAGAGUCACCUGUACCAAGUGAUCCAAGGAAGGCGAAACUUCCUCAUAGUGCCAAUGGUCUGGCAAAACAUCCAGAUGAAUACAAUUAUCUCGCUGAAGCAGAGAAACAAAAGCCGACUGCAGACUAUUGUACUUCUGAAUUAUCUGAUGGUAGUAGCCUCCUCUAUGGGAAAACAAAUCAAGGGUCAACUAGAAAACAACCAUUCAAGAGUUUGGAUAAAUACAAAAGUAAAGAUACAGAACCUGUUAAACCACAUCGUCAUCCUCCACCGCCUCAGCCUAUGGAUCAUAGCCGUUCAAAACCAAAACGAGGUGAUGAAAAAUCCACCAGGAAAUCUGAUAGAAAGCCAGACUAUGCUAAUGAAAAUCAUUACAUGAAUCUGCCUGGUUCUAUUCCUCAUGGUGCUCGACCACCUAAUGAAAGAAAUAGAUCACUUCAAGAUUUAACUGAACGUUCAGGACUUCAUAGUGUUUAUGAUCCCAGAUUGGUUGAUGAACCAACAAUACCGUAUAAACCUCAAACUAUUGAUCGUAUACCUAUACGACAACAAGAACCAAAAUCUCCAGAUAUCCAACAGCGGAGUUAUACAUCCGAAGAGGACAGUGAAGACUACAGUGAUUCAGGUGGAUCAGAUGAAGUACUUAAACCGCCAGCAUUGAGGACGAUACCUCAAACGAGGCGUCAGUCGGAACCAAAACUUCCAAGUGAAGAUAAUUAUCCUCCUGUACAGCUGAGACGACCAUCGUCGAAAGGGUUGAAGACUCCUGGACAAUUACCAUUUGAUGAUGGCAUUAUUAGCCCUCCUGAAGGUAUGUCAAUUCCUUCUACUCCAGGUUAUGAAAAUAUUUAUGAUAAUUAUAAUGAUCGAACAGGCAAAUAUGCAAAAGGAUCACAAUAUCGUACUAGUGGCGGUGGUGGUCUUUCAUCUGGGAUCUUAUCACAAGAACGUGUUUCACGACCACGUUCUAAGCAUACAACUGCUACAAGUCAAGGAUCAGGUUAUUAUGGUGUUUCAGGUUCUAAACACAGUUUAAUUAUCAGUACAAAACGUCGAACAUUUAGUGGUGUCACUGGAACUCAUCCUUCAAAGCAUCGUUCAAGUUCAAUGAACACUCUAUGGUUUGGUGAUCAUCCUAUCCCAUCAGAGAGUACACUAUCUCCAUCUACACCGAUUAAAUUAUCCAAUAUUCAAUUACAAGCUCAAGCAGAACUUGAACGUCGGCAUAGAUCAGCAUCAUCCCAGGGGCAUAGUUUAGAUAGAAAAUCAAAUUAUAGCGGUGGAAAUACUGAAAGUCAUUUAUCAAAAGGUUUUAGUGAAUCACAAGGUUAUGAAGGUGUUGGAUAUGCUUAUGAUUCACGUGGUAGACUAAUUCAUGGUGGGGCAUGUCUACCAGAACGUUCAGCUAGUCGUAAACGUCGUCUACUAGAUGGUCAUGAAAGUUUAUCACGUGUAUGGAUUCCACAGGCUGAACAUUAUCCAAUUAAUCAGAAUGUAACUGAUAGGACAGCUAGUCUGCUAACCAAUCGUGAUGAAAGACAAGCUCAAUUGGAUAAUUCAGCAAUGGCUUUUGCCCUGAAGGAUUUCAAUAUGCCUAAAAUUCGGUGAGCACAAACCAAAUAAUGAGUGUUAAUAAUCACAUCCAUCCAUAUCUCUCUCUGUCUAUCUAUCUAUCUAUCCUAAUCUAGACGUAAACGGGGUACAAAUAAACCAGAUGCAGGGGAUACUGAAAAUACAACCACUAAACCACCUACUACCACUACUACUACUAAUAUUAUAAAAAAUAAAGCCAGACGUUUUAAGAGACUAAGGCGUACACAAUCAUUCCUCAGUUGUUGUAUGCGAUAAACCACACACACACACACAUACACACGCAAGCACACACACACAUACGUGAAAUUCUCGUAUCAACACCAACUGGUUCUUCACUGCUUCACUUUUUUGGGGUGUUUUUUUACUCUGAUUCGCUUCAUGUUCUUCGUCUAUACCGACUAGUAACAAUAACGAUAUAUAAAUAUUUAUACUACUUAUACAUGUGUAUUACGUAACAAUUAAGGUUGUGAAUUAAACUAUGCCAUUUGUUGAAGGUAUAUAACACUUAUCUAACCUCAUAUUUAGUUGCUAUGCGUUUCUGCACUUGUAUUCAUGUACGCAUGCUUAUGAGCAGAAAUAAUAGGCGCGAAAACUAAUAAUAGAAUAGUCGCAGUUGUUUUUUUAUCACCUCAAGCGAAUAAGACGAAUAAUUUAUAUCUUCCAAGCAGCACGUUCAAUUCUACUGCUAACACUAUUUGCCUUUAUUUUCCGUAUACUACUUAUUUUUAAUUAUCAGUAGUUUGAUAUUUUUAGACAAAAAACAAGUUGAUUUGUUGAUUUUUUAUUUUAAGAAAAAAAAGUAUUUUUACAAUCAAAUGUGAUCAGAAUUAUUGUUACUGUUGUGAUUAUUAAUAAUAUUGUUAUUAUUAUUACUAAUACUAUUACUAUUGCAUAAAGCUAACACAUAUAUGGCUAGUUAUAU